AAUGACAAAAAACCCUUUAUCAGCAUGCUAUUAGCUAGCAUACUAAUAAAAACACAUAUUAAUACGCAUACUAUAGAAGAGCACACAAAAAUGAUAGCAUUGAUUCGAUACUUUUACUGUCCUUGAUAUCGAUGUUUGUAUCGACCCAGAACUCUUGCAACAACAACUUUUGGACGAGAACCGAAGGAGGGACGCCUCUUCCUGUCGUCUGUAGCCUCUGCCCGCUGAACUUCUCGCGACGGAGGCUGCCAGCCAUUUAUCGUCGCUUGGUGUCGGGCUAAACUCCCAGUGCACAGGCGUCGGCGACAGUGGACUUUGGAGCUGCUCUAGCAUGGACAUUUCAUUGAAAGGAAAACGAGCGCUGGUCACUGGAGCAGGAAAAGGAAUAGGUAGGGCCACAGCUUUGGCCCUGGUGCGCUGUGGGUCAGAGGUCACAGCAGUCACACGCACACAGUCAGACCUGGACAGUCUGGUGCGGGAGUGCCCAUCCAUCAUCCCUGUGUGCGUGGACCUGGCAGACUGGGGGGCCACAGCAGCCGCCCUCAAGAACAUUGGCCCAAUUGAUCUGCUUGUCAAUAAUGCCGCAUAUGCCAACCUGCAGCCAUUCCUUGAGGUCACACCGGAUCAGUUUGACCAGUCUUUCAAUGUUAAUGUAAAAGCUGUCCUGCAUGUAUCCCAGAUUGUGGCCACCGGGAUGAAGGCCAGAGGAUCAGGAGGCUCCAUUGUCAACGUGUCCAGCCAGGCGUCCCAACGUGCCCUCAAAGACCACACUGUCUACUGUGCCACGAAAGGAGCGCUGGACAUGUUGACAAAAGUGAUGGCGCUGGAGCUGGGAGUCCAUCAGAUCCGUGUGAACAGUGUGAAUCCCACGGUGGUGAUGACUGAGAUGGGACGUGUGGGUUGGAGUGACCCUGACAAAGCCCAGACCAUGAAGUCCCGCAUCCCGCUGGGCCGCUUUGCAGAGGUGGAUGACGUAGUGAACAGCAUUUUGUUCCUGCUGAGUGAUAAGAGCACAAUGACGAGUGGAGUGUCUCUUCCUGUGGAUGGGGGCUUCCUGGCCUGUUAAAGCAUCACCCAGUCAGUAUCCCAUCAUCUCAGUUUAUUUCAAAUUAUUAAGGAGUUCAUUUGGUGCUCUUAGUUCCCAUGAACGAUUGUCAAUACUCUGUUGCCACAGCGACUUGAACAUGCUCACGAUACCAAGACAAGAAACCGUAAUAAAGCUCGCAUUGAGAAGCGCCGCCAUCUUAAAUGUGGCGUUACGUCUAGUACACUUUCCAUCAAACAGGUUCAACCAAACACAACCAUGAACUUACAACAAAGCGAAGAAAGUGACGUAUUUGGAACAAUAACACAAUAUAACAUUGACUGGUAUUGUGCUGUAAUGAGUAUGAUAACACACAGAAUGGGCUACAGCAGGUUAUGGUAUUGUUUAACUGGAACCCCAUAUCAUCAUUCUAAGAUAUAUAGAAUAUUAGUAGAAAAAUUUGAAUUAAAAAAAAAAAACAUACUGCCACCUUGGCACGUCUUCUGGGUUUCGGACUGGAUAACAUCAGCGUCAGGGCUUCCCCGGUCUUGGUGGAGGAGGGAUACUAAUAUCAAUAUUUUAACAUGAUAUUAUCAAUGUUUUAGUGUCAUGAGCACCUUAAAUUCUACCAAUAAAUCCUUUUAUUAGCCCCUUCAUCCAUAGUCUAAAAGGAUUCCGCUAAGCUUCGGUGGAAAUUGCUUUUAUGUAAUCCUGCUGUUUACUUUUUAAUCUGUUUAAGAAACCUACAUUUUUAAAAAUGUGCCCACCAUGCACAAUCUCUACAUGAGACAUGAACACAUCUUUGCUCUUUGGGUGCGUUGCAAAGGGAGAAAAGCAGGUAAUCAUGUAUGUACCGUGGAUUCAGCUGGUCCAAAACCCUCCAACAGUAUUCCGGUUGAUACAGUAUAGUCAGGGGUCACCAACCUUUUUGAGGCCGAGGGCACGGAUAGUAUGAAGCGCUACAUGACAUGUUUGCGGUAAACUUCCAAAAUGACAAAACUGCACGGAUCACUUUUUGGUAAUGAGAACAAAAGGAAUAGUAGUAGUAACACUAUGUGAAGCGACUGCUCACAUAUCAAUGUUAAUUAUUUUUCCACAAUAAUGGUAACAAAAACAUAUUUUUUUAACAAGAAACAUUUAUUUAUGUGCUCACAUAUUUGAAAGUCAGAGGGAACACCUUUCUGUGAUUUAUUUCACCUGCCUAGUGAAAAAAGUCCUUUAUUUGUCCAAAGCUGCCUUUUCCGUCCUUAAAGCUUUUGUGACAAGUUCUGAAGUGUCCGCUUUGGUAUUGCAACAGUCGUCCCGCAAAUAAGACACAUACAUUUUUCUUCAAAAUACAUAAAGAAAAAUUAUUCCUCAUUCAAUCACUGUGGAAAAUGUAAGUCCUUUUUCGCUUUUCUGCCAUGUUUUUGAGGGCUAAACUGCACGAGUAAGCUAACUCCUCAUCACCGCUGCACUAUAUCGGUCGCGUGCGCACACAUGAACUUUGACUUGAGGUAAGAGUCCGUUUUCAUUUGUUUUCAUUUUUGAUGUUAUAAGACGGGAGGCACGGUAGUCAAGUGGUUAGCGCACAGACCUCACAUCUAGGAGACCAGGGUUCAAUUCCACCCUCGACCAUCGCUGUGUGGAGUUUGCAUGUUCUCCCCGUGCAUGCGUGGGUUUCCUCCCACAUUCCAAAAAACAUGCUAGGUUAAUUGGUGACUCCAAAUUGUCCAUAGGUAUGAAUGUGAGUGUGAAUGGUUGUUUGUCUAUAUGUGCCCUGUGAUUGGCUGACCACCAGUUACUAUGUUGAUGGUUACUAUGGUACCCAUUAUGUCAUUGUAUGGUUAUAUCACCUCGCACUUCAGUAUGUGACAAAAAUUUUAAAAAUACAAAACAAUAAUAAAUAAAAAUUAUGGCUAGGUUAAUUGGCGACUCCAAAUUGUCCAUAGGUAUGAAUGUGAGUGUGAAUGGUUGUUUGUCUAUAUGUGCCCUGUGAUUGGCUGGCCACCAGUCCAGGGUGUACCCCGCCUCUCGCCUGAAGACAGCUUUUAGAAGAUGCCUCAGCGUUGGUGACCCCUGGUAUACAUACUUCCACCAUGGAGUAAUAUGGAUGGCGGGCAAAAUUCCAAAGAAAAAAACUGGUGGCGACCUAAGACUUUUUUCAAAAUGCUGUUUUCCGAACGGGAAUUUGAUGUUAUUUUCGGCAAGCGGCAGGAUUCCUCGGAUGAGACGUGCUUUUCUUUUGAUUCCACUGGCACAUUAGAAUGUCCCUGAAAGUUGUCCGAAAAGUCUUGUUACACAGAGCGUAGCACAUGGGGUUGACCGUGCUGUUGACGUAGCACAACCAAUAUCCCAGCGCCCAAAGCGUUCCCGGGAUACAGUCCUGGCAGAAUGUGUUGACUAAGACCAUGAUAUUGUACGGUAACCAAGUUGUAAUAAAUGCCAAGAGGAUGGCGCUUAGCGUCCGUGCCGCUUUCUUGUCAUUGGCCUUUUUUUCGUUCUUGCGUUUGUUGACAUCGGUUUUGGAUUUCGAGGCAAAUCUUUUUGCCGUUGCCGCGUCUUUCAUUGAGGGCUUUCCAGCAGGGUUUGACUGCGGCGAUUUUAUAUCCUUGUUCUUCACCCUUUUAGACGUCUUUCCGUCUGUAGAAAAUAGAUAGACAGAUAAGCGUUAAUGUUGUCAUUGGUUGAGAAGGUUUGAGAAGGUCUGUGAGGUCUACUGAGCCCAACCUUCUUCAUCAUUGACUUCUUCUUCCCCGUCUGAAGCGUCAUUGUUAUUAAGAUGGUCACAGCUACCCUGCUCUGCUGCUGCCGGGGUAUCGGCCCUUUUAGAUGCACGGCCACGCAGCAACGGGGAUAAAAACAGGAAUAAGAAUGCACCACAUCCUUUCCGACUGAUCCGAUCCCGGUUCUCCGAAUCCUGCUGAUUGUUCUCAUCACUGCCGUUCGGGGAGCUCAUUGGUUGCAAUGAUGCAGAUUUCCCCUUCUGGCUAUUACUCGCACCAUCACGUCCACUCUGACUUUGACUGUUCCCGGCACCAGAACCCUUAAGACCUUGUAUAUCCUGAGCACGUUUCUCAGUCUCUUGAUAGAUCUUCCAAAACAGUGUUGACAUAAUCGUGACCGGUAGAUAAAACGCAGCAAUAGCGGUGCAGAAUGUAAUAAUGGGUUC